CACAUCCCUUAGAGCCAGGCUUCGCUUAGACCAAUUAAUGGUAAGUGGAGGGAAGUUUUCUUUCUCAUUCUCUUAGGUUGAUUAAGAGUUCUAUUGUUACAGAUAAAAGCAAUAUGGCGUAGAGUGUGGGCUCUGCUCUGUGGGGCCGAGGGCCACUUUAGCAAGCCUUUGGUUGUGGUUAUGGCUACCUUCAUUACAAGCUCAGUGCCCAGAGGGAAUUAAGUCCUCCAAAUGACCUAAAGUUGUUAAAUGAAAAAUGUCAUUAUGACCUCUUUUCAAUGUGUUUAAACUUGUGCUUUCUUUUUCUGAAAAAAAUUUUAUUGAUUUUUAAUUAAGCAAUAGUCAAACGGAGGAAAAAUUUUCAAGUUCAAAAGGUAAAACUCUCCCUCCUCUUUCUCUCCCCCAGCCUGGUUCACCCUCAAAGGAAGCCAGUGUAUCAGUGUCUGUGUAUCUGCAGGCGUUUCACACGUAGACAGGCAGAUAGGCACAUGCAAGCAUAUGCGUACACAUCCCCUCUCCUUAACACAAAACAGCGCAUGGUGUACCUAGUGGUCUGCACCCUGCCUUUUCUUCUUGACACCUUAACAAUGUGUCUUAGAGAUCAUUCUGUACAGUGACUGAGAUUUAUUUCAUCGCGAAUUCCAAAGCAGCCGACAUCGUGAUAAUUUCUCUCUCCUUAAUACUUGGCAGUUGCUUUUCAUCCAUGUUUUCCCCUUGCUGGUGAAUGACUUCUACCACAGGGUGACUUCGAGUCACAUUCUUUGAACUGCCUUCCACAUAAAAUAUCUUAAUAAGCACUAGUGCCUUUGCCUGGAGGAUAAGUAAACAACUUUAUGUGAUUGGGGCCCUGCAAGCGAAGUGGUGUCACACCACUGUUAAUUUAAACCACAUCCUGAAUGAGGUCCCUUAAGGUCAAAGUGAGGACUCCAAGCAUUGAUCUGUCUUCUGAGGCCAUGGCAUGUUUUCUCUUGUUCCAGCACACUAGAAUGAACCGAAGCAUUCCUGUGGAGGUUGAUGAAUCAGAACCAUACCCAAGUCAGUUGCUGAAAUCUAUUACAGAAUAUUCCCUGGAAGAGGAAUCAGAACCACCUGCUCCAAAUACAAGGAACAUGGCACCCAACAGCUUGUCUGCACCCCAAGCCCUUUCCUAUACCUCAGGAGACUUUUCUCAGGUCCACCCUUCCCUGAAACUUGCAAAUCACCAGUGGCCUGUGUCCCAGCAGGUCACCUGCCUGCGUGCCAAAGUUCUGGAGGAAAGUGAAGACAGUUUCUUCAGGAGGCACCCAGACCAGGGCAAAGAUCUACCCUCGGGCUCCUCUGCAGCCAGCAGGCCUGAGUCUGAGUCUGUGGUUGGAGCCCUUCCUCCAGAGCAUCAGUUCUCAUUUAUGGAUGAACGUAAUCGGUGGUUGGGAUCUCAGCUUUCAGCAGCUUCACCUGACACUGGCCAAGACUCAGACAAAUCAGAUCAAAGUUUACCUGCCUUAGCAGACUCCUCGGACAGUGGCCAACAGAUGGUGCCCCAGCCCCAACCCCACAGGAACCGAGCAGAUCUGCCGACAACAGACACUGGGUACGAUUCCCAGCCCCAAGAUGUCCUGGGCAUCAGGCAGUUGGAAAGACCCCUGCCCCUCACCUCUGUGUGUUACCCCCCGGACCUCCCCAGACCUCUGAGGUCUAGGGAGUUCCCUCAGUUUGAAUUUCAGAGGUACCCAGUGUGUGCACAGGUGCUGCCACCCAACCCUUCCCCACAGGCUCCGUGGAACUAUCAGUACCAUUAUCCUGGAGGGCCCGAUCACCAGGUGCCAUAUGGCCAUGACUACCCUCGAGCAGCCUACCAGCAGGUGAUCUGGCCAUCUCUGCCUGGGCAGCCCCUACCUGGUGCAACUGUGAGAGGCCCACACCCUGUGCAGAAGGUCGUUCUGAAUUAUCCCAGCGUCCAGGACCAAGAAGAGAGGCAUGCACAAAGAGACUGCUUCUUUCCAAGACUCCCACAGUAUCCGGACCAGCUGUAUCACCUGCCACCUAGUGGAGCUGGAGCUCCUGAGGAGUCCUUGGAAUGUCCUGCAGAGCUGAGACCACACGGUCCCCAGGCUCCAUCCCCAGUUGCUGUGCCUAGACCCCCAAGUAACCCUCCAGCCAGAGGAACUCUGAAAACAAGCAAUUUGCCAGAAGAAUUACGAAAAGUCUUUAUCACUUAUUCUAUGGACACAGCCAUGGAGGUGGUGAAAUUCGUGAACUUUUUGUUGGUAAAUGGCUUCCAAACUGCAAUUGACAUAUUUGAGGAUCGAAUCCGAGGCAUUGAUAUCAUUAAGUGGAUGGAGCGCUACCUUCGGGAUAAGACAGUGAUGAUAAUCGUAGCAAUCAGUCCCAAAUACAAACAGGAUGUGGAAGGCGCUGAGUCACAGCUGGACGAGGAUGAGCAUGGCUUACAUACCAAGUACAUUCAUCGAAUGAUGCAGAUCGAGUUCAUAAAACAAGGAAGCAUGAAUUUCAGAUUCAUCCCUGUGCUCUUCCCAAAUGCCAAGAAGGAGCACGUGCCCACCUGGCUUCAGAACACUCAUGUUUACAGCUGGCCCAAGAAUAAAAAAAACAUCCUGCUACGGCUGCUCAGAGAGGAAGAGUAUGUGGCUCCUCCCCGGGGGCCUCUGCCAACUCUUCAGGUGGUACCCCUGUGAACACCAGCCAUCCCCAGGUCACUGGGGUCAUGUUCUCUUCUGGCAGCAUUUUUCUAGCUGGGGCUGGUGGGUGGCACUCAUGGCUGUUUUGUUUCUCAGUCGCUCCCUGAGGAGCCUGAGGGGCCCAGAUAACCUGUUGUGCAGAGUACUCUGCAUCCUGGGACUCUGGCUGCUGUGUGUUUCCUGCUUUUAAGAACCCACAAGGUGCCAGUAUCCUGCAUGUUCCAUUUGACAGUCUGAUGUGUCCAUUCUGGGCCUCUCGGUGUCUAGCAGUAGAUAAUAAAAUUGAUGUGGCAACAAACAUAAAUGAUCACAAACACUCUAUUGCUUCAGGCUUCUUUUAUGAGUUGGCCAGAUGGUCCUCGGACCAAACUGAUUCAUGUUCAAAUAAUAAAAUGUUUGCUCCUUUGUAA